AUGCCAAAAACACGCAAUAUUCGCAAACCGAGAGCGGUGCCGCCUCCUGUCAAGCGAGAUGCAAACGAGCCUCAGGCAUCAGGGAGCUCGAAACCAUCUGCGCAAGGAAAGGUUGGUCCGGUCAAGCGAGCAUCGUCCCUCGUGCCCUUCCCGACCCCGCCACGGACGACGCACAAGCGCAAACGCGCACGCUCGCGCAUCACUGAUUCCGACUCGGAGGAGGACGAGCGGGGCCUUGAGCUCCCCUCCAUCGAUGAGGAAGGCGAGGAAGCCAGUGGCAAGCGCGAUGGAAACGGUGCGCUCAUCCUCGGAUACAAGAAGCGCAAGACCCUCGAUGCGAUCGCCGAGGAGUUGAGCGAGGCCCAGGUCGAGGAGGCCUUCUGGAUGGGCAGGCCUGUCUCAGCCAAGAGUGGGCAAAGCAGCUCAAAGGUCGCUGAGACAAGUAGAGGACGACAACGCUCGAGAUCGCCUACACGUUCGCCAUCGUCUUCUCCGCCUCCUGCACCCCACCUUCUGCGUCGCCAGCAUACAGGACUUGCGUCCCCGCCUCCGUCAAAACGGCAGCCCCGCACGUACGUGAUACGCAACGUCCGGACGCGCAGGCAGACACCUCCGCCUGCUCCGGCCCCAAGGUUGUCAUCCGAGACGCGGGCUAAGAAGCCGGGACUGUUCCCUGAGCGCGACACACCGGACAACCCUUUCCUUGCGGACAGCUCGCCCGGUCCGUCCAGUGCGGUUGCGACUGGCUCUGAGCCACCGCGUACGCCGGAACGCCGCGUCGAGAAACCAACGGUCACAUGGGUUUUCCGUGGCAAGAAAGUCGAGCUCGCAAAUCCUCAUUACAAGUCCCCCGGUGCCCCCGAGUCGGAGCAGGACGCCGCAGCCUUACUCCCCGAGACCCAUCCAGACUACAGCCCCCCAGCGACCUACGCGCCGAAGUUACUCUUCCCCGAGGCGCGGCGCGACCUCCGCCCCCGACGGACGCCGUCCGUAGAACCGCGCACGCCCACCCGGAGCCUCCCCAGCCCCCGCGUCGAGACGCGCUCUCAGUCUCGCGCGCGGUCCCGGUCCCGCGCAGCGACAGUCGACUCUGAUGACGAGGAGUCGGAGUUGCCGCAGGCGAAGGCCCACGCUCUGGCUGCGGUGCCGGAAGCUGAGGAGGAGGAAGUGGAUGAGGCGGCGCUGGAGGCUGCGAUGGCGAAACGACUGGCGCAGCGUAUCGGAGGAGGCGGUAGCGGCAGCGGCAGCCGUAGCGGCUCGUCAAACGCGACGACGACGCUGUUCGAGCCGCCGAUGACACGCGCGCGGGCGCGCGCUGCUCCGAGAGUCCCCGACAAGGAUAGCGACCCGGCCCGCCGAGCGAUGGGUCCUGUCAGGACCGUGAAGGGCUGA